UCUGGGGAGACCGGAUAUAGUGAAUGCAGCAUCCGGGGAGAGCGGAUAUAGUGAAUGCAGGGUCCCGGGAGACCGGAUAUAGUGAAUGCAGGGUCCGGGGAGACCGGAUAUAGUGAAUGCGGGGUCCGGGGAGACCAGAUAUAGUGAAUGCGGGGUCUGGGGAGAGCGGAUAUAGUGAAUGCAGGAUCCGGGGAGAGCGGAUAUAGUGAAUGAAGGGUCCGGGGAGAGCGGAUAUAGUGAAUGAAGGGUCCGGGGAGAGCGGAUAUAGUGAAUGCAGGGGUCCGGGGAGACCGGAUAUAGUGAAUGCAGGGUCCGGGGAGACCAGAUAUAGUGAAUGCAGGGUCCGGGGAGACCAGAUAUAGUGAAUGCA